AUGCAAGCAUCUUGUUCUUCAUCCACAAUCCAUUUUCUUAUUGGUGCUGACAUAGCAGGAAAAUUGAUGACUGGAAAAAUCCUCAAUUUAACUUGUGGAUUAACUGCCACUGAGACUUUGCUUGGUUGGACACUUAUGGGAAGAGCACCAAGCAGUUCAGACUCUAUAAGCAUGACAAAGUUAGAAGCCAUUGGAAUAACUGAUCCUGCUGAAUCUAAAAAGAAGGCUGAAAUGCAUCAAGGGACUUUAGAUUAUUUUCGAAACACUCUGACGAUUGAUGAGCAAGGGAGGUACGAAGUCGCCUUACCUUGGGUGUUAGAAUCAUCCCGGCUCCCUGACAACAGACAAAUCGCCGAGAAACAACUUUCUUCUGUUUAUAAAAAACUUGUAGAAUGCGAGAAGGUUGGAGUAUAUGCAGAUGUCUUUAAAAAAUGGAUUGCUGACUGUGUCAUUGAAGAAAGUGAAGAUAAAAAAGAGUUAAAUGAAUACUAUCUCCCACACAUGCCUGUUUUUAAAAAGAACAGCAUCACUACGAAAGUGGGGCCAGUUUUCGAUGCAUCCGCACAUAUAAAGGGUAUAACCUCAUUGAAUGCCUGCUUAGAAAGCGGUCCUAAUUUAAUUGAACUUUUUCCUUCCCUUCUGAAUCCUCUCCGGAAAUUUCCUGCUGGAAUAGCAUCAGACAUUGAGAAGGCAUUUCUUCAAAUCGGAAUCAGAGAGAGGUACAAGGAUUAUCUGCGAUUUUUAUGGAAAACCAAAGACAAGGGAAUGAAAAUCUACAGACAUCGUAGAGUUGUGUUUGGUGUCACCUGCACUGCCCAUCCCUUUUAG